CGGGUUCACGGCGAUCGUGAAAUAGCGGGGCAAAAGUAAAAAAAAAAAAAAAAACAACCGAAUGAAAAUAUUAGCUGCAGCUGCAGCGUCGCCACGAGUUUUCAUGCGAUUGCCGCGUUAUCGCACGUUGUCCGUUCCGCUUUAUCACUGGCCGUCAGUAAUCAUUAAACGCCGUCGUUGGCCGCACGUGGACCGCGACGUUUCGCAUAUUAUCGUACGUUCGACGACGCGCCGCGAAACAACGACCGACGGGUGAGUACAGUGAAAUAUAUCGCCGUUUUUCGGUCGGAUAUUAUUACGGUUUGCUCGGGGACGCGAUCGGCGAAACCGCCCAGGCAUUAUUGUACUAUUGUACUAUUGUUGUUGUUGUUGGUUUUUUUUUUUUCAUUGAUACCGUCGUCGUUGGAAUCGGAAUCGCGUUGAUAACAGACGGCGGCGGCACGACCGAAACAGCUGAUCCGUCGCCGCGCGCCGUCGCCGAACUCGGUGCAAUGCCGUCGCGGCCCCUCAGACACGGCGACAAUGGUCGCGUGCACCGCACGAGUUUCUACGCGUUUCUGGUUUGGUUCGUCUUCGAACUCUCUCUUUCUCUCUCUCUCUCUCUCUCUCUCUCACCGUGUCCCUCUCUAUCCGGUAUAUUAUUUACCCAUUGUAAAAGGAAAAAUAUUGAAAUUUUUUUUCGAUCGAAUCGGCCGUCCAACGAGUAGUCGCAGUUACGAUUUUGUUCCGGGGGGGAGACGGAUAAUUUGUUAGGCGAACGUCGUCAACGAACCCCUCUCCACGCACACACACCGACCAUAAGAACUACGUUUUAGAUUCCGAGUGUACCUACCGUAAAACCCAUUAGUAGUUUUAAUAAGAUGCGGUUUUUUUUUUUCUUUCAGAAACACUUUCGGCCUGUACGAAUAUACUCUCGUUUACGGAUGAUUCGCCCGGCGGUACUUUAUUUCGAAGGAAUUUCUCGAAAUUCCUAAUUAUUUUUCAAAAACGCACAAAGUGCAAUUGUGUUUUUCACAACGUAUUUUUUGACGAUUUUUCCCACGCAGUGCCUGUAGGUACCUUAAAAGAUGUGGAUUUUUCGAACACAAUUACGCCAAAAAUCUAUUUUCGAUUGAAAUAGUUUGAUUGUAUCUAUACGUACGGUGGCAUCCCAGCGGUCAAUUUAUCGUAUUCUGCGAAAUGUAAAAACUAAGCCGUUAAGUUCUGGUACUUUUGCGAUUUAACCCACCCUCCCUCCCCCCCAUCCCAUCCCGAUAUUAACCAUGCCGUUGAUAUAGUUUCACGAAUAGGGAUACCAAGGUAAAGUAAUUAACAUAAAGAAAAAGCCUCUGGGAGUUGGAUUCAAUCGCCGUCAACCUCCCCUCGCCAUAACUCCGACGUGGGUUCUUUCGGAAACGACUGACUACUGCGGUUUACGGAAACCUUUAAACAAAGGGUACGUCUGGUCGAGUCGGAUUUUAGGUUUUAACGAGAAUUUCCAACGUCAGCCACGAACCGUGUGUACUUUAUUGAUAGGCAUUUCGCGUGAUCGACGGGUUUCUGCAAUUAACCCGCAGAACGUUCACGCCGAACAGAAUGUUUAUUCGUCUAAUAUUCAAUAUAGCUGAAUACGGUAGUUAUGUUUUUUAACCGUACCUACGCCCGCGAUGAGUUUUAGCACGACUCGGUAAUUUUCUAUCCGCGCGUAACGAAAGACAAAACAAUUUACUCUGUUACUAAUAUAAAUAUAAUUUCAACGCGGACGCUGUGAAAACACGCGAAUGCGAAAACCACGUCGGCGAUGUAAUACGGUCGAAACUAUCCGAACCGAGGUUUGCGCACUAACGCGCAGUUGUACGCGAAACGCUCUGCUGUUUUUGGUAACGUGACGUUUUCCGAACGCAUCGCGCAAAAAGCGUCGAAAGUAUUUUCGAAUGGGAAGCCGGCAAUAUUAGUGGACGGCCGUAAUUAUGUGGAACCGUCGACGAUUCAAUCGGCGGCCGCGGUAUAUUCGAAUAAAAUCCGAAUGCGGUUUCGCUUGAUGCGUUCGACCGUAUCGCGCGUGUUCGACGCGUACCGAAAUGGUUUUGUACAACAGUUUUCAAUAACAAUCAUGAUUGUUUCGAUCGCUGUAUCAAUACGAAUUAUCGGGGGUUUUUUUUUUUUUCCGAGCUCCGACCGCGCGUUUAUUUGAGAACCACUGUUUUCUAUUACCUACACACGCGCGUGCGCGCGCCUCUGAGAAUAUUCCGGUAUAUUGAGUACAAUAAAAUCCAUGAGAAGGUGUUAAAAACAAAAAAAAAAAAACGCGUGCACGUCAUGUUUAUUGUAUUGUUCGUAUCCACUUAGGAGGACGUACACGUCUAUUGUCAACGGUAACAAUUUCGUUUCGUUUCGGUACAGCCGGCUGCGUGGUGGCGUUGCGUCCGCGAGAACAGUUCCGAAGAUGAAGCCGACCGCUGCGGACGACGGAAGCGGCGCGAAACCGACGACGGACCGGUGGGUGGACGCCAACGGCGUGGCCACCCGGGUGCUGUGCUGGGGCCGGCCGAUCGACGAAAGCGGCGGCCCGAACAAAUUGGUGUUGUGCGUGUGCGGCAAUCCGGGAAUCACCGAGUACUACGAAAAAUUCCUGCGUGAAAUCCAUCGGGCCCUUGACGUGCCCGUUUGGGUGGUGUCGCACGCCGGUACGUGUGUCUAUAUUACUGUUAUUAAUUAUUAAUUAAAACGGCUCAGCUGUAUAAUAAUAAUAUCGUGGUGCCGUGAUCCGGAUCACCCGGAUUUCGGACUUUUGAUAAUCUGUUAUAAUGCCUACGCGUUUUUCAAUUGUCAAUACGAAUCUUAGACGGACCGAAUUUAAAGUACAUUUUUGAUCUCGGAUACCGAAAAUCCGGAUUAAUCUAUCGUACAGUCCGGAUUGGGGGGUCGCCGCGAUCGUAAUCCGAAUUGUGUAUACGGAAUGUUUACGUUUAAGAAUCCGAGUGGAGCGAGGAACGUAAUGGUUUUACAUAAUAUAAUGUUUAUAAUUUAAUUUUUUUUUUAUCUGUAAACAACUUCUGUACCAAUAAUUUUGCCCCGAUUUUUGCACUUUUUCUGAGAGGAAAUCUCACUGGGGUGGUACUGUAAAGGGGGCAUUUUUGGACUUUUCCACGAGUUUUUCCAACAAAUGGGAAAAACCGGGAAUAGAAUAUGGGGAAAUUGGGAAAAAACGUAAGAAAAAUGAGAAAAUAGGUACAAUAUUAAACAAAUAUUACUAAAGAAAAUGUUAAAUGCAUACAUAAUUAUUUCACCACCUUGACAAAGCAACACUAUCAACCGAACUCUGCUCAGAAUCGUUUUUACGUUAGCCAUGGUGAAUCGUCGCGGCGUAUACUGUACGAAAUUCAAUGUAUAUCCGGGACAGAUAUACAUUAGAUUUCCCCUCUACCAGCUCUAUUUAACAUUUAACCUUCCCAACUUCUCACCUACAACUGUGAACAGUGACCCACACAAGUGCGAAGCAUGUCCGUCUAUUAUUAUUGGUUUUUUUUUUUUUUUUAAAUUGGAUCAACCCGGAAUGUAAUUCGGAUUUUAGAUUAAACCAGGUCGAUCCGGAUUGAGUGUUUAGCGCCAAUUUAUACGCAGACUCGUUUACGUUUUCGGCGCCCCGGGGCAUUGUUCCUUUGCGGCCAUUUCGUGCGUUUUUUUUUUUUGUGCAUCGUACCGGAAUUGUUUCGAGUCGCACAUUUUCCGUACUAAACUGCACACUGUUCUACGCACCGCCGAACGAGUGUAAACUGCGGGACGGGGUCGUUAACAAAUAAAUAAUAAUAUAAACAAAUACCUUUUCGCCGUGUCUUAAAAGUUUAUUACGCCAAUUAUUGGCACCCUCACUCACAUACGUCUCUGACUUUGUACGUGGUACGUAAGUAUACGAUAUAUGUUUUAUACGGUUAUUUAUCGCGAUUAUAGUAAAAAAACGUGUCUCCGAUCAAUAAACUAUACGAAUUGUAUAUAGUUAUACCUAUAUUACCUAUAUAUACCUACAUUUAUACUAUCACAAUAUUAUUGUCGCGCCUAGUAAAUGAUAUAUGUUGUUAAAAAAAUUGUUUUUUUUGAAAACGUCGGUGGAAAAUUCCGUUUUUUUUUUCAAAAAUAAUAUCAAUUAUUUAACUAUCGUGUAUAUUAUUUCUGCGUGAUGAUAAUACGUAUACCUAUUUAGUAUUUAUCCGCUUAUUCACACUGUGUAUACAAGAGGAUCGGUUCCACUACGAUUAAAGCACGAACGUUAUUGUUUUAAUUAUAGCUUUUAAGAAUACGUGCACUGGUUAAAUAUGUAAAUUUUUACUAUGCAAUUUUAUUUGUAACACAAAUAUUUACGUGGGUUUCGUUUUCAGAUCACGGUCGUUAUUUUUUAAAAAAUUUCAAAAUUCAUUAAUACGGUGACUAUUUAAUAAAAAAAUAAAGUCGUUAUCCUUCCACUUUUGCCAUUUUUGAACUACAACUAACUAUAAUAUCUCAUUCGAGAUUUCAUUCAAUUACGAUUAUGUGACUACUGAUUACACUCCUUCCUAUUUUAUUUUUAUUAAAAAAAUAUAAACUUGUUUAAUAUGUGUAUUAUGAGGACGCCAUUUCCGCCGCAUCUAUACUGUUGUUUCGGUCUAAUUAACGGACGACAUAACAAAAUUACGGUACUCGGAACAUCAAUUGUGGCCAAGGGCGUCCAUCUUUGAAAAUAUCCAGGGGGAGAGCAUUGUAUUUUUUUCAACAAUAUUUCCUAAUCGGCUUUUACAUUUUGAUUUUUCAAUUCAUGUUGUCAACAACUGACGGGAAACCACUAGUGAAAAUAAUCAUACCAUAUAAUACAUAUAUCAUAUUAUGAUCAUCAAAUUUUCAUUUAUUUAAUGUAUUUAGUAUAAAUUGUAAUAUUUUAUGUAUAAAUAUAUAACAGACACGAAAAAGCCGGGGGGACAUGUCCUUCCUCCCACCCACAAUGGACGUCCAUGGUUUUGGCGUUUAGGUUGAAAAAGAAGUUUAAUCACAAACGACACGAUUUAAAGAGGAAAAUAUUUCCGAAGGCAUAGCUUUUUCGAAAAAAUUGUCACACGUCUUUUGAUAUUUUCGAGUUUUUUUUCAUAGUUUUUAUUCGGUAUAAUGCGGAUUUUAUCCCCAUUAUACCGAAUAUUGUUUGGCCGAUGAUUUAUCGUUGCUAACGUGUAUUCUACAAUUUGUUUAAUUCGGAGUGGAACGAUGCAACUAUUGACUCUUCUGUGAUGUAUGUUUUUUUCUCUCUAUAUAAACUACUUUUCAAAAAGAAAACUUGCUCCGAUAUAUCAAGUGUAACACUUUUUUUUAAAGUAAAAUUUUAUCUUGUUGGUGAAUUAUUCAGGACCUUUUUUCGAUUUUCUUAUAUGUUUUCAAAAUAAUUGGAAAACUCUGGAAAAGACAAAAAAUGAAUACUGAUAAAUUUAUGACGUUACCAUUUUAUUUAAAAUUGUAUGUUUUCUACCAGAAAUAUUGCUUUAAUAAAAAUAAUCUACAAUAGACCUUGUUGAAUUUUUAAUCUAGUUGGUGAAUUAUGAAGUUUUUUUUAUUUUAUCUGUAUUUUUUUUUAAUAAUUGAGCAAAAUUAAAAAAAAAGGGAAAUGUAGAAAGAACGAGAUAAUUUACGAAAAUAAUGCUUUUAUUAUUAUACAUUUUGUCUUUUGUUGUAAUUUAAUUAAAAACAUUCGUUGAAACUUGAAAUUUUUAUAUAGAACUAUAAUUUGUCUUUUCUAGAUGUCAUAAAAGUUUUUAAAACAUUGGAUUUAUUUAUAGACAUUUUAAUUUGGCGAGUAUUUACGUUAUUUUUAUUUGUUAGGUAGGUUCUCUGCGAUUAAAACUGUUUGACUAAACAGAAAUGCUUGUAAAUUGAAAUUUGUCGAGUGUAAUUUAAUAAUUUUUUUUUUCAUAAGAAUUUUGUUGUCAAAUUUUGACGAAAAUCUUAAAUAUUACGGCCUUUCAAAGCACGCGUACAACCGAACUUCGCUCCGAAUCGUUUUUCGUUAGCAUUGGUUUAUCGUCAUUUACAGAUAUAAAUUAAAUGUAUUCUACGUUCCAAACUCUCCACCUACAACUGUGGCACUUCCGUCCUCAGUAUUGGCUCUUGUUUUUCUAUUUGUAUUGUAUAUCUUCCAACGCAUUAAAAACAGGUUUCAGCACGUUUUGACACAGUUAUUACCGGUUUCUACAACGUGUAUUGCACUGCGAUUUGUACUUAUAUGAUAUAAAUAAGUCUGCGUAGUGUCCUAGCUGUUUUUGUUGACACGCGAUUUGUAAUUCUCGACUUUUACUCGUUACCCAUAACUCAUAAGUUACCGCGGAUUACCGUAAAACGAAUAAUGGAAAAAAAAAUCAAUUAAUGAUAAAAAAAAGUAUAUUGUAAUUUAAACGCAACGAAAAUCAUGAAUCGCGAUACCCGGUCGAUUUCUCGGCCGGAACUUUAUCGUUUUGAAUUUUUCGAUGCGCUACCGACGCCCAGUCUUAAGGUCUAAAACCCGUUUCACACGGUACUAGUUAUUGUGCUAACUCUAGUGUGAUAGCCAGUAUACAAAUUUUUAGGUCCGUGUGAAUAGUGUGAUACUAUACUGGAUCACGCCAGCCAGUUAAUUAGUUUUGAUAGUGGAACAUGUCCGAUUUUCCACGCUAGUUACUAGCAUGUACAUAUUUGGAACCGAUCAGAAUACAGAGAUUUUAUCAAUACAGAAUACAGGUGUUCUCUUAUCAUCUUUCUAGUUUUUGCUGCUAGUUUCCAAUACCUUUUAUAGUGUAUCAUACUAUCACACAUUAUGGUGUGAAUAGGAUAUAGUACGGGUUCUAGUACACUAGAUUGCACGCAACGUUUAAAACCAUGGCUAUUAUAGUAUGCUAGUGAUAGCACAAUAACUAUAGUAUCGUGUGAAACGGGCUUGAGUCUUUGUAUUAUUAUUUUCAGACGCGGGUAUAAUUCGUUAACCGCGAUGAACUGAUCGCAUUAUUGUUUUAAUUUGCAAUUUUUUUUCUAUCGUACUGUUUGUUGGCAAGUCCUUACGUUAUUAUAUCGUGCACCUUGCACCUAUACUUAUCAGGUGUACACCACCCAUAGUAUUAUUAUGUCUUUAUUAUAUUUGCGCGCAGCCGGUGCAGUGUUGGUAUCUAUUACUUUUAUACGCAUCGAAUAAAACGAUUUAUAUCAUAUUUAAUAAUAUACAUAUAUUAUACACGUAUGGGCGUUUUUGCAAUUUAGAACGUGCAUUACACUUAUAGGUAAAUUAAUGUGCAUUGCGUAAUUAAUGUAAAAUACGUGUAAAAUAAUUAAUACAUAGAAUUAAACAAAAAGGUAGGUUAGGUGAUAAUAAUUUAAUAGCGUACUUAAAAAGCGACGUUUUAGUAUUUAUGUAUAUUAUAUUAUGUAUGUGUUUAUUUUUUUUUAAAAUUAGAAACAGGAAAAUUAAGUACACGUAAGCGUAUAAUAGAGGUCAUCUGCUUACUAUUAUUAAAUAUGUUGUUGUCAUAACUUUAAUGAUAUUUAUCUUAUCUCUUAUUAGAUGAUUGCUGAUUUUCGCUUGAUUACAACAAUAGGCUUUGUUCGCUUUCGAAAUUCGUAAUGGUUAACAUUAUCUUUUUGUUGUACGAUGAACAACCGCGGUCUGUACCUGUUCUUUGCUCUUUUUAAAAUUGGUAUUUCAGUUGAAUUUCCAGUCCUCUAAUGAAACAAUGCAAUAUAUAUAUAUAUACAUAUAUACAUUUUUAUAUUAUAAUGUUAUCAUUUCGUAUUUUAAAGAUAUAUUGUGUUUGUGACGUGACAGCGGAUCACGGAAAUUGGCACGCCGCGUGAGUUCCUAUACUCAUAUAUUUAAGUGAAUGACAUUCAUUUUUCACGAGUAAAGUCAUAUCGCAAUCGUUGAACACGAGCAAGUGUCCAAUUUAAAAUAUCUAUACAUAAAAAAAAAUCCAGCCUAUAGGUAGCGGGUGACGGUUGUUUUGUGCAUCGUCGCAACGCUCCUUGUACAGGAUAAUGCUCGUAGGUUGCCACUGUUGUAUGUGACCCGUUGGGAAUGUAUUUAAUUUUUAUCUGUUAGCAACGAUAAAUCAUUGUUAUGAAAAAAUGAUUCUGAGCGAGUAUUAAUAAAAUAUUAAAUUGACCAUUGUACAUAUUUAUUUGUCACUCCAAAAUAAAUUACUCUUAAAACCCCUAUAUCUGAUUCGUUCGUUAAAUGUAUAUCUGUACAUUAUUUGAUUAAUAUAGUGUAAUGUAUUGAAAAUAUUUAAAAUUGUUUUUUUUUUUUUUGUCUAUUUUAUUGUAGGCCACGAAGUUCCUCCGUCGAAUGUAAAGCUUACACUCCCCGACUCUAAAGAGUAUCCUGAUCUUUACACGCUUAAAGGGCAAGUAGAACACAAAUUACGGUUUAUCGAGAAGUACGUGCCGGACAAUUGCGAUCUGUAUUUAGUGGGCCAUUCAAUCGGCUCAAAAGUUAUAUCGGAAUUGCUAAAGGACGAUGCGAUGUCCAAGAGAUUGACCGUUAAACGUUCGAUAUUUCUGUUUCCUACGUUACAAAAAAUGCGGGAGACGCCCAACGGACGGAAUCUCAUAUUUCACACGCGCUAUUUCCUAUCCAUCACGGUGCUUCUAUCAUGGGUAAGAAACAAUAAGAGUCUAUAAUAAUAUUAAAACAAUAAGGGUAUAUUUUUUAUUUUAUUUUUUGUUAACGUACAACAUUAUAUUUUUAUUAUUACCUGUGCUUAUUGUGACCUGUGGUAAGGUCGGGCGAGCGCAUAGAUAUUGAAAUAGAAACAUUAAAAACGAAUUAUUAUUUUGACAGUGUAUAUUAUAUUUUUGUAUUCUUCGCGGGUAAGUAAUCGGCUAUCAGCCGCCCAUAACACGUUUGCUAUCACACCACAACUGGUUAAGAAUGUGAAAAUUGUUACUAUACGGGUUCAAAAAUUACAGCUCGCAUGAGUUAGUCUGUUAAAAUUUCAAAAAUUCCCGACCAACGUAUACGGUCACGUUUGUUUAUUGUAUUGGUUUUAUUCGGUGUCCGCAGCGACGUAUCCUUUUGCACAAAACUAUUUCCGUAACACGUCACCUGGUUUGUAAAACUUGACAAUGCAGCGCAGAAGUUAAUUUAAUUUGAUAUUAUGUGAUUUUUAGUUUUGAAGUUCUUUAUGGCCUCCUGUUUAUUGAAUUCCGGCGAACUCGUGCAAAUCGUUUGAUGUCGAGGGAACCUAAACCUUCUUUCUACCAUCGCUGGGUCGAAUUCAUAAUUGCGUUGAAAACGAAGUUUCUUGUUUGCGCGUUAUAAUGACAGAAAAAACCGAAAUUUCUUUGUCUUUUAUUGUAUACAGUUUUUGUUUAAGCACAAUAACUAACAUAAGUAUACAAAAUCGAUAUUUUUUUUUUUUUAAUAAAAACUUUGAUUACAUAUUUUUAUUAAAACUGCUGUUUUAAUUAACUACUCGUAUAUUUAAUUUAAUAAGUAAACAUUUCUCUCCGUAAGUUUUAAAAUUAAUUAGGUACUGUACAAGUUAAAAUAAUUUAUAAUUUGAUCGUUUUUGUUAUUUUAUUAUUAUUUUUUUUUUUUAUGUAUAAAAAAGAAAAAUUGCGUUUUUUAAAAAUUAGAAAAGUAUUCAGUAUGUACAAGUUAUAAUGAGCGAAUAAUAUUUGUAAAUGUAGAAUAGAAGUAAAAAUAAUAGAGGAGCAAUUUAAAACGUUAAACAUUUUAGAAUUUUUGUUUUAAUCUUUCCUAUAAUUUUUUCUUUGUAAUUUAAAAAAUGUUCGGUGCUUUUCGGUUAUCACGACUUCCUGUAUGCAAUGGACUAUAGUCGUAGUUAGGUUAUUUCGACUAUCACAGGUGACGGUUUUCCCUCCCCGUUAAUUAACCAACGUGGAUAACAAAUCGAUUUUUAUUUUCAAUUAAAAUCCGACAUUAUUUCGUACUCGGGUAACAAUAUUUUUGGCUGGUGGAUAUGUGCGCGUUCAAAGUACUGCUCACUAUACGAGUGCGAAUUUACGUUUGAUUUUUAAUCGAAACUAAACUCCGGUUUGCUAGCGAAACCAUGUCGAAUAGACCCCUGUUAUGUAAUAGAGGACCAAAUAGCUUCUCUUGUUGGAUUUUUAAUCGAAAAAAGCCCCGUGGUUUCGUAGGUAGUCGAGAUAACCUAGUUGUAAUUAUCGUAAUUCGGGAUAUAUAACCACGAAAGUACCGAAUUAUUUAAUUAAUAAUAAUUAUCGACAAUGAACUACCCCAUUCAUAAUAUUUUAAAAUCUUUGUUUUUCUAGAUUUUUAUCACAUUUCCGAGUUUUAUAAAAACAUUUUUAGUAAAUAUGACACUGGUAAUCACGGAAGGAGGAUGUGUUGAUGAUCAUGUGAUCAGAUCGACGGUACGUUUGAUUCAUCCUACGGUGUUACGCAACGUGUUUUCAAUGGCGAUAGACGAAAUGGAUAAAGUAUACGAUUUGGACGUCAAGGUGGGUUUAGUAUUGAAUUUAUUAAAAAAAAUUUUUUUUACCAAACUAUAUAAUGUUUGUUCUGGACAUUGUAUUUGUAUACGAUCUAGUGUCUACACAUACAUAUGGUUGUGAUUUUGUGUAUUUUGUGGUAGAAUACAAAUGUUUUAGGUUAGAUUUCACUAUAAACAUUUGAAUUACUCAGUUAUUGAUUAUUGUCGAUCGUGUUAUUCGUACAACGGGGAAUUUGAUUUUGUUAUCACAUAGUGGCGCAACCUAGCACACCUCACCCUCCCGCUCGAAAAUGAAUCCCGGUCGCGUCACUGUUUGCACUGCAGUGGAGUACGGGGACAUCCGAUUAAAUGAUGGUAAUAAGGGAUAAAUUUUACCCGUUGACAAUAAUUUACAAAAACCUGUAUAGAACCAUAGUUCAUACCAUUCAGCUUUUAUUUCAAAAAUAACCAGCAAAUGCUUUAUAUUAACGUGAAGAUAAAAACCUAGACAAAGAAAUACUUAAUAGGGUUUCAGCGGGAAUUCAAAGAAGAAUAUUGAUUGUGUAUUUCGCCUUCCUCUUGUUUUAUUUUCUACACUGCAUAUUGACAAGAACAAUGCAAUGGAUACAAUAGAUAGUAGACGAUGAAUAGAAAAAAACAAUUCUGAAAUGAUUAUGAAUUUUAUAGUUAUCAGUUGAGAAAAAAUCGUCAUUAGUAUUAGUAUAGUAUAAUAUAGCCAAAUACUGGACUUCCAGUAUACUAUACUAACAUCAAAACCCGAAGGCGUUGAAAUGAUCCAAUUAUUCCAAUCGUUAAUUAUGUUUUAUGUAUAUCGUGUUAUUUUUCUGAAGGCUUAUCCAGAAGUGUAUGUUGAUUUAUUUUUUUAUGUGCAGCAUAGCAAAUUCGCGUUUAACAAAGACAACUCUGCGCUGUUGGUUUAAAUAUUACAGCGAAUUGACCUGUAAUCAAAUUUCAAAGAUGAAAACAUUAAAUGUACCAUCGUAAAAAACAAAUCAAUAAAUUGAUAUUGUUUUAAAACCAGACAUUAAACAGUCAGAUUAUCUGUGCGAAUACGUCGGUUUUUUCGUUAUUUUAAUUAUUUAAAACAAUGUAACGACGUUUGAAAUUGUGAUAUUUCACAUUCCUAUUCAUUGUCUCGCUCAAAAAUUAAAAUAUAGAAAAAACUGACGUAGUCACACAGAUAAUCUGUGUGUUUAACGUCUGGUUUUGGACAGUAAAAAUGUCUUGAUUUGUUUUUUUAAUGUCAAAUUCAACUGUUCUAGAUUUUCAACAAACUUGGCUCAAGAACCUAAACUAUUUACGCAAUAUUUUAUAGUGAAUUUCAUUCGAAUUUUCGUUUCUUAUAACUUGUACUGUAUAUACGUAUAGGAUAUUAUAUAAUAUAAUAAUAACAGUUGGGACAAUAAUUCUUCGGUGUAUUAUUUGGGGGUGGGGAUAGGGAGGAUUUCGGGUGGCCCGGAUAAAUUGCAUUCUCCCUGACCGAAUUUAGCGAGAACACUCCGCCCCCGACUAGUAUACUGUGCACAGGAAUUCACUUUUGCGUUUGCGUUUUUUUUUUUUCUUUAUCAAUGUUAUAAUAUCUAACGACACAAUUUUUUUUAUUCUGUUUGUUCGUCCGUUUUUGUGUAGCCGUUAAAGGACAACGCGAAUCGAUUGCACAUGUACUUCGGCAACUGCGACGGUUGGUGUCCCACGUCGUAUUACGACGACAUCACCAAGUGCGUGCCGGAAGUGGACGCCGUGCUGUGCGACAAAGGAUACAAUCACGCGUACGUGAUCCAGCAUUCCGACGAGAUGGCCGGCAUCGUGGUCGACUGGCUCAAAUCCGACCUAGGAGACGUCAGGUCGCAGUGACUCGGUCGGACCCGACGAUUUUCGCAACGAUAACGUACGCGCGCCGAAUCAGACUUGUAUUUUGUACUUUUCUAGGGAUCGAUAUUUAUUAUACUUUUUUUUAUUACUACUCGGUUGUCGUUGUAUUUUUUUUCGCGCACGUGUAUGAUUCGCGUUAAAAAAAAACCACGGAAAAGUAAUAAAACUCGGCUGUAUACAUUUGGUACGUUGUGUCCUUUAUUGCGUGUAUAUUAUUAUACGUACAGGCCCGAGUUUAACGCGAGUCGAGUACUUCGAUAUACUUAUUCGUAUACCGCGGCCACAUUACGACGGACUCGGCGCGACACCAAGUAAAAAGUCCAACACGACUUUUCGACGGUUUACUUUCGAGCGAUUACUUACGUUAUUCGGAAUCGCGUCAAGUUCGUCUAGAUACGUGGGGGGGAAAAAUACACUUCGCACGAUGGACGGGCCUCUUUUGUAGGUGAAAAAUUAGGGAGGUAGACGGGAAAUUUAACGUAUAUCUGUACGCAACAAUUAACCAUUGCUAAUGAAAAAACGAUUCUGAGCCGGAUUCGGUUAAUAGCGUUAUUGAUUUAUCAACAAUAUAUGUAUGUCAUAUUAUGG